UUAGGAACUUUGGCAAAAAAUGCGCGGAUCGUUGGUGGAGAAAUUACAAAUACAAAUUCUUAUCCUUUUUUAGCAUCGUUUACAUACUCCCAAUCAAAUCAAGUAUUUUGUAUUGGUGGAAUAAUUACUAAUAAGCACAUUCUUACAGCAGCCCAUUGUCUUUUUAACGAACCAAGAACUUUUAGACGUAUAAAAAUAAAAACAGGAAUAAAUAGUACAAAUAGUAAUGGUAGAGUACUGCAUGAAAUUGCUAAAGUUGUCUUUCACCCUAAAUACGAUAUAUUAAAAUAUAGAGAAAGAAUAAAACCAUAUGAUCUAGCAGUAGUUAAGGUGAAAGUAGCAAUUGUACUAAAUGAAUUUCAAAACAUGAUAGAGCUUCCAAACACAAAUAUUUAUGAUGCUGCUGGUUAUAUCGUGGGCUGGUCAUCGAGAACACAAAUAACCGAUUUAUCUUCUGAGCAAUCACUACGAAAAGUCAAUGUAAUCAUUUAUUCGAAAGAGAAUUGUGCCAAUGCUUACCAAAUUAAACUUUAUAUUGGUCAAUUCUGUAUACGUAAAGAAGCGAACGAAGGUCCAAGUGUUGGUGACAGCGGUGGUCCAUUAGUAAUGAAUGGUAAAAUCGUUGGCGUAGCUUCAAUUAUUUUGCCUUAUCGUGACAAUUUACCUAUCGUUUAUACCAGCAUUUACCAAUACCUUGGUUUCAUCUAUGAGGCUUUAGCUGCUUAAUCCACGAAUUUUAAUAUUUUAAUAUUGA